AAUGUUGGUAUAAACAUCGAAAAGGCCAUGAUUAAAAUAUUUUCACGUUAAAAAAAUAAAUAUAUUGUGAUUGUUUGGGAUUAUACAACAAAGCAUAAAUAAAUAAACUCUUCUGUUAUUUAAAAUCAGGUGUUAAGCUUGCUCGAUAUAUUGAUGCCUAAUUUGAAAUCACGUGCCUUUAUAAAUGCUAUGUUUUGAUGGUAAAACAAAAUGGCGAAAAAUUCAUUGAAUCAUGUUGAGUGUAAUGAGGAUUCAGAUGAAGGUAUAGGUGUAUACGAUCAAGGAGACUACCCAGGAUCUCAAGAUGACCUUUCCCUUCCACCAAUUCAGCUCAUACAAAAGUAUGCAACAUCAAACAACUUAUAUCUCAGAAAAAUGGUUGCCAGAAAGGUACAAGAACUAUUUCGAACUGUCCCGGCCGACAGCCUUAUAAAGGAUUUGCCAGCCAUUAUGGAUAUUUUAACAGAAAUAGCAAAUGAGUCUAUGCUGAAAGCAGAUUUAUUGGAGCAAGUACCAUAUAUUGCUUUACAAGCUACAGAAUGCAAUUGUAGUGAAUUAAAGGAUAUUGUGAGUGAAUAUUUAAUUCCGCUAGUAGUUGGAAAUUUGGGGUUUAAAGAUGCAGCAGUAGAUAAAGCGGCCCAAUCAGCGUUGAUAUUGUUAAUUGAACAAGGAUUUAUUAAUAAACCACAAGUAGAGAUUCGAGUAUGUCCAUCAAUUCUUGCAUUAUCCAAAUGCGAGCCCGAAGUAAUUACAGGAUCAGUUACAUUAAUGUGCAAAUUGGCACCUCUUCUUGGACGUGAUGUUACUGAAAGAGUAUUUUUGAAGAGAUUUGCAGAACUCUGUAUACAUCAACAGUUUUUAGUAAGAAAAGUCUGUUCAUCACACAUUGGAGAUUUUUGUGCUGUAGUUGGAAAAGAUGCCAUUGAAAAAAUCCUGCUCCCAGCUUAUAUUCAACUGUGUGGUGAUGGAAUCUGGGCCGUCAGAAAAGCUAGUGCGGAGGUUAUCAUGUUCGUUUCUUGCGCUUCUACACCUUUGGCCAGGAAAACAAUCCUCGCUCCUGCUUUUGUUAAGCUUUUACAAGACGAAUGUCGAUGGGUGAGACUAUCGGCUUUUCAUACAUUGGGGCCAUUUAUUUCCACCUUUGCCAAUCCGACAGUCACCAAAGUAUCUUACAACAGUGUGGGAGACUUGGUUUUGGUGAAUGAUGAAGGAAAUGAAUUUUUAAUGAAGGAAUACUUGAUAAACAAGUUUCUGCUAUCAUCGAAUGACAGGGAAAAUGCUGCUGUUAUUAUGAAAGAUUUGUUUAGUAUGUCCAAAGAUUCCUAUGACGAUGAAGACACUAAGGAGGAAGCAGCUUUGUCAGAUUAUGAAAAUAAGGCAAACUUAUUAUAUGAUAGAGCAGAUUCGGAAACAGACAUCAAAGAAAUAGUUGAAACAGUAAAAAAUGCAGUACUUAGUUGCCGAACAGAAAACCCUGAAUCAAAGUCUAAAUUAAUUAAUGGUAAUGUGAUAAAUAAUGAUGAUAUUAAACAAUGUGAUAAUUUAGAUAGUUCAUUAGAGACUUUUACUGAAGAUAUCAAAAAUAUAAAUGUAGACAAUGAUAAUGUCUUAAACAAUGAAAGUGAUGUUAAUAGGAAUGUUGAUAAAUGCCAAACAGAUAUUCCAUUAAAUAUUGAUAAUGAUAAAGAAGCAAAUCAGGUAAAUACUAGUGCUAAUGAACUGGAAGAUGAUAAUUUGCAAUUGUUUAACUCAUAUAACUAUUGGUAUAUCAAGCCUGAAAUGCCUUUAGAUCCAGACAUCCUUAAUGGUUUAACCAAUGCCGAUGAUGAAAUGGAUGUUUCUUCAAACCUAGAAGAUGCAUAUUCCAAACUAAAUUUAAGUGACAGUUUUGUUGACUCUCUCGAUAAUACCAAAAUAGAAAACUGGCCUGAUGAAUCAAGUCAAGUAUCAAUUAAUGAGAAACCAGAAGAAGAAGAAGAAGAGGAAGAAGUCGAACUAGAACCACAGCAAGAUAUAGUUCCUCAACAACUUAUUGAUUAUUUUGUUUAUAUGACUAGUCCAAAAUUAGCAUUAACAUUAGACAAUGAAAUGACUUAUCAUUGUGCCUACUCUUUACCGGCUGUAGCGGUAACCCUAGGAAACCAAAACUGGAAUCUUCUUAAAAAGACAGUAGAUUGCUUAGCUAUAGAUUUACAGUAUAAAGUUCGCAGGACCGUUGCAAGUAGUCUUCAUGAACUGGCUCUAAUUUUGGGACCAGAUGUGGCCACUGAAAAUUUAACUCCAUUGUUUGAUGGUUUUAUAAAAGAUUUAGAUGAGGUUAGAAUAGGUGUUUUGAAGCACUUGGCUAAAUUUUUAAAGUCCAUCAAUUCUAAGAAAAGAAAUACCUACUUACCUAGAUUAGAAGAAUUUAUGCAAACUGAUAAUGAGUCCAACUGGAGGUUUAGGGAAGAACUAGGAAAUCAAUUGCUACGAUCCGUUACACUAUUUAGAGCUAAUGACACUGCGAAAUAUAUUGGAAGAAUUGCUCAAGAUUUACUUUGUGAUAAAGUCGCUGCUGUACGACAAGUGGCCAUUUUAUUGAUCAUAGAAGUAGUAAAACAUAUUUCAUCAGAGCCUGGUUUAACACCUCAUCUUUUAAUCAAACUGGCAGAAAGAUUUGCUCAUUCCAAGGUGUGGAAAAGGAGACAAACAUAUGCAUUGUUGUGCUGUGAACUACUUUCAUUAAAAGCUAUUCCUGAAGAAAAAUUUGCAUCAGAAGUGAUGCCCCAUUUGCUUGAUUUGAGCUGGGACCCUGUUGCCAAUAUUAGAUUGGUUGUAGCAAGAAUAAUAUCCACCUAUAUUUUAACAAAUGAGUAUUUUUGCAAUCCUAAAAAUCAACAUUAUGAUGGAUUACAAACUGUUUUAAAAAGACUGCAAGCAGAUAAAGAUCGGGAUGUACGACAGUCUGCAGUAGCAGAGUGGUGAUUUUUUAUAUAAUUGUACCUACUUUUUAGAUUUAUUUUAUGUUGUUUACAACAAUUGUUAAAUAAAUAUAGUCAUUUCUAAAUACAUUAAAUAAAAUUCCUUAAAAUUAUAAUCCUUAAUAAAUGUUUUGUACUUGUUUCUUUUUUCUUAAAUGUAAUUUUUAUCCUAUUGGUAAAUUGUAAUAUAUGUAAAGAUACCAACAAUUAAAUAGUUUUCAUUUAAAUGUGUUUUAGUUAUUAUUGAAGUAAAAAUUAUUUGCCGACGCACAGUG